GGUUUCGUACGGUAUACUUCUUAUCUGUGGCGUGAUCGCUCUUAGCGUUAAUCUAUAUUGGGUGAGUACUUCGCCUUGUCUAUAAAGACAAUAUUCUGUUUAAUAAGAAGAAUAAAACCUGGAAGACCUCCUUUUAGCUGUCGCAGUCGAUACAUAGAGUGGAUGAUCAAAUGCUUAUUUCUUCGGCGAGCAUUCUUUCCAUCUUCAUGUACAUGUUCUAUAUGAAUUAUUUAAUACAAGAUUUAAACAAUGGCAGAGAAUGUAUUUUUACAGCUUUAUACAAUAGCGAAUGGUACAGAACGCCAGUAUCCAUGCAAAAGUUGUUACUGUUCAUAAUGUUAAGAACACUGAAGGGUGAAACGUUCAACCUGCUGGUUGUGUUCACACCAUCGCUCGAAGUUAGUAAAUACGUCAGUAUCAUAUUUCAUGGUGAUGUACUCCAUCCAGUGAUAUCGUUACCGAGUGAUAAUGGAUUACCAGUCGUAGAAAGCUUGUUGAUCGACAAAUCAGUUCCAUUGUACAGCGAUGUAACACUUUUUUAUUGCACUAUUCAAUAAACGUUCAUUUGUGAGGAAAGCUGGGUGAAUUGUAUAUUAUAAAUCUGAAUUAUCCCUCAAACACUUCACCUGUGUGACACGUAUCAUUCUCAUUGUACACAUCCGUGCGCUUCAUACACACAGAGUUGAUCGAAGUCUGCUCGAGAAACAAUUUCACCGGACCAAAGAGCCGAUGGUGGUUGAAAAUUCGUGAAAAAAAUACAUUUCUGCAACCUAUAAUCUCUUUAAUAACUACGAUUUUGCGAAUGUGAGGUAACAGAUCAAUCGUGUUCAUCUUUUUCGGUUUCUAUUAUGCCUCCACCGAAGAUUUCGCAGAGGUAAAUUGUAUUCUGAUAAUUAAUAUUCUUAUCUUGAUUAUUGAAAUCUGCUGAUAAUUCAUUUUUCAGUUAUUGCGAAUAGCAGCUUCCUAUUUCAUGAUGUCCUUACACCAGUAGAACAGUUUACAGGUGGAUAUCAUCUACAGACAAUUUUAUACGAGUAAUAAGUAAAUAUUCCCGAAUCAUAAAAUAAUAUUCAAUCAUAUUUUAGUGAAUUUUCUGUUCAGAAAU